UGCAGAAGUAGCAAGAUGAUGUGGCAGGUGCAGCUCCUCUGGUUCAUCGUACUCUGGAUUCAGGGAUCCAGUGGGGACAUUGUUGUGACUCAGAGUCCAGAGUCCCUGGCAGUGUCCCCAGGAGACACCGUCACCAUCAAGUGCAAAACCAGCUCCAGUGUUAGCAGCUACAUGGCCUUGUACCAGCAGAAACCAGGGCAGGCUCCUAAGCUCCUUCUCUACAGCACAAAUACCCGCCCCUCGGGAAUCCCUGACCGGUUCAGUGGCAGUGGGUCUGGCACCUACUUUACGUUCACCGUCAGCCGGGUGGAAGCUGGUGAUGCUGGAGAUUAUUACUGUCAGCAGCAUCAGAGCUACCCUCCCACAGUGCUACAGCCCCGCUCCAGUGGGGACAUACUGCUGAUGCAGAUGCCAGAGUCCCUGGCAGUGUCUCCAGGAGAAACGAUCACCAUCAACUGCAAAGCCAUUACAUAUAGUGGCAACUACAUACACUGGUCUCCCUAA